ACUAUUGUAGGCAGCUCUUUACUUAGCAAUGUGUUUGGGGCAAGCUUGCUGUUAUGGGGAAACGUUCUGUCUUUAUAAUAUAGUGGGUAUAAUACAUUUGUCAUUGUGUUUAAAUUUGCAGAAGCAAUGGGUGGCACCUCCCUGUAGAGAUAUAUCAGAAAUACUCUUUAAUACAUCAAAACAAAAGGAAAAGUAUUGUUACUUUUAGAAUUCAAUGUUACCACCCGGAACUCUAACUACGAACUUACAACCGAAGACAACAUCACAUACACUUUGACCGGAUUUCAAGCUCCCAUUGGAAAUGACUUCAAUACCGAGGUUUCAUUCCACCUUGUCUACGACAUGGAAGAUGGAGUCGAUAGAUUAUUCGCUGUUUGAUUAUGAUCUCACAGGUUAUAGUUAAAUAUAGUAUACUGUAUAUGACUCUAAACUCAAUAUGAAUCCACCAACACCACCACCCAGAGAAAAAACACCUUGCAAGACCAAAAAGGUAAUAACAACAAAAUGUAACAAAAAAGAAGAACAGCAACAAUCCGGGAUAGCAGGAGCUCCGCUCAACGUGUCAACAACAUCUGACAUAUCUCAACAUAGCGAGAUAGUGAGUGGAAUCCUUCCUCUAAUAACAAGGAAUAUAAUACAAGGCAUCACCUUGCAACUUCCCGCCAUGGUAGGCCAGUGCCUCCAGGAAAACUAUGACUUUUCAGAUAACUCUGAUAUACUAACCCCUAUAACACCAAAUAUCCAAGAAGUACUCAGUGAUUUGAGCCAGUCCAUGCGAGAAAUAAGAUCAGAAUUAGCUGAAAUAAAAGAAAGCCAAUCAUUUCAUACCAAGAUGUAUGAUGACCUCGCAAAUAAGAACAAAAUCUUGGGAAAACAAGUAUCCAAUAACAAAAGAACUAUCGAUAAUCUUCUUGAGCGAAUAUAUGAUCUGGAAGACGAUCUAUACUAUGUCUCGGAGAAGCUUGAAGAUCAAGAAAGACGCGGGCGUCUAGAGAAUCUCGAGUUUCAUGGAGUUCCCAUCACUGAAAAUGAGAAUACGGAUGAAAUAGUCUGUAACAUAGCAAAGAUGAUUGGCGUUAACAUCCAUGCCACCGAUAUCUCUGUUUCACACAGAAUGCCAACAGGAGCCCAACAUACUAGAACUCCUGCCAUAAUUGCAAAAUUCGUCCACCGCAAAACAAAAUGA